AUGCCUCUGGAAGUCAUUACAGUCGGCGGCUCUUUGGCCGGGUUGAUGACGUCUAUUGCCCUGCGACGUCUCGGACACAACGUGCGCAUACUCGAAAGGGCACCAACACCACUCCUCCACGACCAGGGCGCAGGCAUUGUUGCCGGAGGAGAGAUACCCGUCUUCAUGCAGAAAUACGACCGAACCAAGACGCUGAUUGCUGUCACAAGCCACCAACGACUAUACCUGGACAAAACUGGUCGUAGCAAGGAGCGCGAGAACAGGGCGCAGCGAAUGACUAGCUGGGAUCUCAUUUACCACAUCUGUCGGGCCAACUUUGAUGGGCUUGCGAGUCCGUAUGUCGAGGGUCAUGACAUGCCUGGUGAGCUUGACGGCGAGGGUGUUGGGAGGUACGAGCACGGCUGCGCUGUGACGAAGCUCGUCGAGGACGGCCACCGAGUUAGAGUAACAUACAAGGACACGAAACCUGGUGGUGAAAGCCAUGAACUUCAGCAUGCCACGGCUGACUUUGUCAUCAUCGCCGACGGCUCGUCCUCAACAGUCCGAAAAUCGCUGUGUCCAUCUUCGCCCGAGCGAACAUACGCGGGCUACGUGGCCUUCCGAGGCACUGUCCCCGAAACGGAGCUCUCCCCUGAGGCAGCAGAGGUGUUUGUCGAGAAAUUCCCAUUCUACCACGGCGGCCACGUGCAGAUCCUGGGGUACACCAUCCCGGGCCGCGAAGGUACUCUUGCACCUGGAUCUCGCCUCGUCAACUGGGUCUGGUACGUCAACAUGGAGGGCGAGUCAGACGAGUAUCGCCAGACCAUGACCGACAAGGACGGCAAUACCCACCGUUGGACCCUGCCGACGGGCGGCCACAUGCAAGACAGCGUCUGGGAGGCGAGGAAGCACGCCGCAGACGCAAUCCUCCCGCCACGGUUUGCAGAGCUCUUGAAGAAGACGCGCGAACCCUUCGUCCAAGCCAUCACGGAUUUGAAGCCCCCGGCAGACAAGAAGUGCUGGCUUUUGGGGGGAAAGGCGGUUCUUGCUGGCGAUGCGCUGGCUGGGUUCCGUCCGCACACCGCGGCAUCGACGGCGCAGGCGGCUUUGCAUGCCCUGUUGCUCGGUCGUAUGUUUGACAAUGAAAUGGACUGGAGUGACUACGAGUCGACCGUGAUGCGCUUUGCGACUGAUACGCAGGACCAGGGUGUCUUCCUGGGCAACCGCAGUCAGUUCGGAUCACAUCCUUUCAGUGAAUGA